UCCUGAAUGAAUUUUGUAAACACAACAGUAAUAUUUUUUAUCAACCGGAGUUCGUCAUCCGUCUUUUUGUCUCCAAUUUAGAUCUAAAUUUUAUUCUAAUUAUUUUUAUUUUCUUUUUAACCAAAACCUGUAAAAAUGAAUCGUCUUUUCGGAAGAGGAAAGCCCAAAGAACCUCCACCAAAUCUAAAUGACUGUAUUUCUAAUAUUGACAGUAGGGGUGAGUCUAUGGAUAAAAAGAUUGCCCGACUGGAUGCAGAGCUGAAGAAAUACAAGGACCAGAUGAAGAAGAUGAGGGAAGGCCCAGCUAAGAAUCAAGUGAAGCAGAAAGCCAUGCGUGUAUUAAAGCAAAAGAGAAUGUAUGAGAACCAGAGAGACCAGCUGAGCCAACAGUCCUUUAACCUGGAGCAACAAAAUUACGCCAUACAAAGUCUCAAGGACACAAAAACCACAGUGGAUGCUAUGAAAAUUGGGGUCAAAGAUUUCAAGAAAGCUUACAAACAUGUCAAUAUAGACCAAAUAGAGAAUAUGCAGGACGACCUUGAAGACCUUAUGGAACAAACAAAUGAAAUUCAAGAGGUCAUGGGGCGGAGCUACGGCAUGCCUGAACUUGAUGAUGACGAGCUGGAGGCGGAGCUUGAUGCCUUAGGAGAUGAGCUAGGCCUGGAUGAGGACGCCUCGUACCUGGAUGACGCGGUGGCCGCGCCUUCAGCUCCAACUAGCGAGCCUGGCGGGGAGAGUAGUCGGGGCGAUGUUCCCGUGGAUGAGUUUGGGCUGCCACAGAUUCCUCAAGGCGCCAAAUAAAAUUAGCUGCUCCACCAUUUCAUCAUUAGCCUGUCCUCAUUAGUGGCUGUAAUUAUCUCUAUUGAUUGCUCUAUCCAUCCCUGAUCAUAAAUUAUUUUGUAUUUAUUGUCA